AAGCUAUGUGGGUCAAUAAGAGAGAAGGAUUUCCUCCUGAACCAAGCUGCAGAAUGGAAGCUCCAGGCCAAAAUGCUAAAGGAGCAAGAGACUGUCCUGCAGGCACAGAUCACUCUCUACUCUGAAAGGUUUGAAGAAUUUCAGAAAACAUUGACCAAAAGCAAUGAAGUGUUUGCCACAUUCAAACAGGAGAUGGAGAAAAUGACAAAGAAAAUGAAGAAGUUGGAAAAGGAUACUGCUACAUGGAAAUCCAGGUUUGAGAACUGUAACAGGGCAUUACUGGACAUGAUUGAAGAGAAAGCCAUGAGGUCCAAGGAAUAUGAGUGCUUCGUGCUGAAAAUCCAGAGACUAGAGAACCUUUGCCGGGCUCUGCAGGAAGAGAGGAAUGAACUGUACAAAAAAAUAAAGCAAGCACAGUUCCCUGAAGAGGUGAAUGGAAAUGGCAUCUUAGAAGAAGAUGACGAUGCUGAUACGAGCCCUUCCUCCUCUGAGCAGGCGAGCAUUGAGCUGCGCACUACUGACGAGAGCAUGCUGAAGGAGCUGGCUGAAGCUUUCAGGGUGUCCCACAAGGCAGAGGAGUCCCUCCCAAGCAGCAGCAGCAAUGCAGAGACCUGCAGCGCUCAAACAUGUAGUGCUGUCCUGACGCCAGAGCUCCCCUCUCCUCUCACCCCACGGUCAGAAUCUGGGAAUCGCUGUGAGCAGCCCAGCACGAGCACACCAACACCCACUGAACACAUGCCAGCACCCACUGGGAGCCCGCCAGCACCCACUGGGAGCCCACCAGUGCCCACUGAAAAUAUGACAACGCCCACCGAGAAUGUGCCAAAGCCCACCGAAAGUAUGCCCGCGCUCCCAGAAAGGGUGCCAACACCCACAGAAAGUGUGCCAAUACCUCCUGAGAGUGUGCCGGUACCCAUGGGGAAUACACCAAAACCUAUUGAAAUCAUGGCAGCAACCCCUGAAAACGUGCCAACACCCACACAAAACAUGCCCACUCCCCUUGGGAGUAUGCCAGUACCUAUGAAAAGUGCACCAGAAGCUGCAGAACAUGUGGAUGAUCCAGUAGAGCAGUCUGUCCAAGGUCAGUCUGCAGAGCAAACAGGGGACACAGACAUGGAAGCAGUGGAUUGA